CUUACUUGGUCUAAAUUCUAACCGUGUCUUUUAGAUAAUUUUCCGUGUUCUUCUUCUACACAAAUCUGUCUUAUUUUCACUCUCUAAAAACGACAGGAAUCUUGGCUUCUAAGUAAUUCAUUGCAUUUUGGUUAACAAGGAAGACAAGAUUUUGAGUUUUUGGGCUGUUUUUCUUUGUGCUUUUCUGUUUCUUGCAAAUUGACAAUCUGAAGCUCAAGUCUUUUUCUUUUUUCAGUCUUUUAAAUUCGAGCUCAUCUCCUCUAUCGGGCAAAUUUAAAUUUGCUCGAUAAUUUAAUGCAAGACGCAGAGAAUUUAGAAGUAGGAGAAAAUUUUACGGCCUCUGGUACAAGUGAUGCCAGAGAUUCAAGCCAACAAUGGCAAUUCACUGCCAUAUGGCAGCGAGGAAGAGCUGGGCCGCAAGCUCUUCAAGAAGUACGAGCUGGGGAAGCUCCUCGGCUAUGGCGCCUUCGCGAAGGUGUACCACGCCCGGGAAUUAAGCACCAGCCAGAGUGUGGCCAUUAAGGCCAUGGGCAAGCAGAGGAUUCUCAGAGGGAACCUCACCUCACAUGUCAAGAGGGAGAUUUCUAUAUUGCGCCGGCUGCGUCAUCCCCACAUCGUGCGCCUUGAUGAGGUUCUGGCCACCAAGAACAAAAUCUAUUUCGUUCUGGAAUUUGCAAAGGGCGGUGAAUUGUUUGCCAAAAUCGCGAAAGGCCGCUUCAGCGAGGAACUCAGCCGCAAAUACUUCCAGCAAUUAAUCUCCGCAGUGGAUUACUGCCACUCCCGCGGCGUUUUCCACCGCGAUUUGAAGCCGGAAAACCUGCUACUGGACGAGAAUUGGGAUCUCAAAAUCACGGAUUUCGGACUCUCAGCCGUGUCGGACGAGGUCCAACCCGACGGCCUCCUCCACACUCUCUGCGGAACCCCCGCCUACGUGGCGCCGGAAAUCCUCGCAAAGAAGGGUUACGAAGGCGCAAAAGUCGAUAUCUGGUCAUGUGGAAUCAUACUGUAUGUAUUAAAUGCGGGUUACUUGCCAUUUAACGACCUGAAUUUGAUGGCGAUGUACAGGAAAAUCUACAAAGGAAUAUUCCGAUGCCCCAAAUGGACGUCGCCGGAGCUAAAGCGGUUCUUAACCCGGAUCCUAGACCCGAACCCGAGCACCCGGAUUACCAUUCAUGAAAUUCUCGAUGACCCGUGGUUCCAAAAGGGGUACAAGGAGAUUAAAUACCCAAUUGAGAAUGAACUUGAAUUAAAGAAUUUUGGCCAAGGAGAAGAGAAGGGUUUCUUGAAUGCCUUUGAUAUAAUUUCAUUUUCCUCCGGUUUCGAUCUGUCCGGUUUGUUCAAUAACAAUGGGAAUCGCAUUGAUGGCGAAAAGUUAAUCUCGAAAGAGCCACCGGAGAGAAUAAUUGAGAAAAUUGAGGCGGCUGCGAACGAGGAGGGACUGGUGGUGGCAAAGAAGGGAUUUGGUGUAAUGCUUCAGGGACAGAACGGGAAUUUUACUCUAAUGAUUGAGAUUAACCGGUUAACGGAGGAGCUGAUGAUGGUGGAGGUGAAAAGUAGUGGACUUGGUCCACUUGGAUUUGAUAUAUGGAAGGAGAAAUUCAAGCCACUACUCGAUUCUUUACCGGAGGCCCGACACAUAGCCGGUAACUGAAAAAGUGAUUGUCGCAGAUCCACGUGGGGACAUAUAACAAUUAUGAAUUUGUUUAAUAAUUGAUCUCUUUUUGUAACGUUUCAUGUCAUAUUCUGUAUCUGUAAAUUAAUCGUAAUUGAAAAGAAAAUUUUAAAAAAUUA